CUGCACGCUCAUCGCUCGCUGCUCAUCCUCCCUGGCUGCCCGCACCAACCCAACCCAACCCAACCCAGCGCACCGAACCCCAGCCCAUCCGAUCUCUCCGCACCCCCCCAUCUCACCGUCCGCCCCCAGCGAUCCCCGCCAUGUCUUUGUCAAAGGCACCCGUUGAUCUCGAAACGACAUGGGCAAAGAUCAAGAACGGCCUCAAUCAGAUCUUUGAGCGGCUAGAGAUCUCCUCGGUCGAGUACAUGACCAUCUAUACUCAGAUCUACAACUACUGCACUUCCCAUCGCAACAACUUUGAUGUCGAUGGUCUUUCGAGCCGAGGCGCCAACCUCAUGGGUGCCGACCUGUACAUGUAUCUCCGAGAUGACCUCAAGAGCCGCAUGGAUGUCCUUCUGAAGGAAGCUGAACAAUACAGCGGCGAGGAGCUCCUGGUGUUCUACAACAAACGAUGGAAGGACUACACGAUGGGAGCCACGACCGUCCACCACAUUUUCCGAUACCUGAACCGCAACUGGGUCAAGCGGGAAAUGGAGGAGGGCCAGAAGGCCGUUUACGAAGUGUACACUCUAUCUCUCGUCUCUUGGCUUGAGCAUCUGUUCAAUCACAUCAACACCAAGCUCACCGAUGCCCUGCUCAAGCUCAUUGAGAAACAGAGAAACGGAGAGACGGUGGAUACCAUGCUGAUCAAGGGUGUCAUUGACAGUUUUGUCUCCCUGGGCUUGGACCACCGCGACUCGUCAAAGUCCACCUUGGAUAUCUACAAGGCCCGUUUCCAGGACCAGUUCAUUGCCGCCACCGAGGCAUAUUACAAGGCCGAAAGCGACCAGUUCAUUGCCCACAACUCGGUCCCAGACUAUAUGAAGAAGGUCGAGACCCGACUGACUGAAGAAGAGGAGCGUGUGCAAAUGUACCUCCACAUCUCGACCCACCGCCCGCUGAUCUCGACCUGCGAGACGGUCUUGAUCAAGAACCAUACGUCCGCAAUGCAGGAUGAGUUCCAGGAGCUGCUGGACCAGGACAAGGUCGAGGAUCUCACGCGCAUGUUCAACCUCGUCAGCCGCGUGCCCGAGGGACUUGAUAAGCUUCGCCCCGUCUUUGAGGUCCAUGUUCGGAAGCAGGGCAUCAACGCCAUCGAGAAGGUUGCUGAGGCAGCCGCCAACGCCGCUGCCGAGCCCGAGAAGGAGGACGGAGAGGAUGACGAGGAGAAACCUGCCAAGAAGCCUGUUGCCAAGAAGGUGGUCGGCAGCGGAGACAAGUUCGAGAACGUGGACCCCAAGGUCUACGUCGAAGCCCUGCUUUCCGUCCACAAAAAGUACAACGAUCUCUCCAGCGAGGCCUUCCGCAACGAAGCGGGAUUCGUGGCCUCGCUCGAUAAGGCCUGCCGCGAGUUUGUCAACCGCAACAAGGUCUGCGCCGCCAGCUCAAGCAAGUCGCCGGAGCUGCUGGCUCGAUUCUGCGACUCGCUGCUUCGCAAGAGCAGUCGUGUGGCCGAAGAGGGUGAAGUCGAAGAGAUUCUCAAUAGCAUCAUGAUUGUGUUCAAGUACGUCGAGGACAAGGAUGUGUUCCAAAAGUUCUAUUCCAAGAUGCUGGCCAAGCGUCUCGUCAACCAGACGUCGGCCAGUGACGACGCCGAAACCUCGAUGAUCAGCAAGCUCAAGGAAGCGUGUGGCUUUGAGUACACCAGCAAGCUGCAGAGAAUGUUCCAGGAUAUCGGUGUGAGCAAGACGCUUGAGAAUUCGUUCAGGGAACACAUGGAUACUAACCGCGGUUCCGAGGACCUCCUGGACUUUGGCAUUCUGGUCCUAGGCACGGCCAGCUGGCCGUUGCAGCCGCCUGCCACGCAGUUCAAUAUCCCGGACGACCUCCUCAAAACAUACGAACGCUUCCAGCUGUUCUACCAGAACAAGUAUUCCGGCCGUAAGCUGAACUGGCUCUUCCAGCUCAGCAAGGGCGAGGUCAAGACCAACUACCUCAAGGGCAGCAAGACAGGCUACACCUUCCAAGUGUCGACAUACCAGAUGGGCGUCCUGCUGCUAUACAACAAGGCGACCAGCUACGGCUACGAGGAGAUCCUGGGUAGCACGGGUCUCUCGGCCGAAGCGCUUCUGGGACAGUUGGGUAUCCUGGUGAAGGCCAAGGUGCUCACGAUGACCGGCGAGGGAACCAAGGUCGGUGAUGCCAACACCCGGUACGAGCUGAACAUGGACUUUAAGAGCAAAAAGAUCAAGGUCAACCUCAAUGUCGCUGUCAAGUCGGAGCAGAAGACAGAGUCGGAAGAAACCCACAAGACGGUUGAAGAAGACCGCAAACUCCUUAUCCAGGCUGCGAUCGUCCGCAUCAUGAAGACCCGCAAGGUAUUGAAGCACGUUGCGCUGAUGCAGGAGGUGCUGACCCAGCUCCAGACCCGCUUCAAGCCCAAGGUGACAGACAUCAAGAAGUGUAUCGACAUGCUGCUGGAGAAGGAGUAUAUUGAGCGCGCAGAGGGCCAAAAAGACAUGUACAGCUAUGUGGCAUAAGUGCGCCUGCGGGCACUGGCCGCUCGAGACAAGUCCGGCCCUGCGAGAGCCACGGCCGCCCACCAGCACCGACGAGAUGUGCAGCAGGACGCGAUGAGCUUUGGUCGCCAGCCCGUGAGAUUUUGGAGGGCGAUGGUGGGUGCGCUGCGAUGCACUGUCGUUGUGCUGGAUGUGCGGAGCUGAAACAGCCCAGCGCGAGAAGCAAACACGCAUUUCAUGCAACAGA